ACCUCGGCCAGGACCACACCCCCUUACCCCUUCGCAACCCACUGGCCCCAUGCAGCCACCCCCUCACCCCACCCCCACCGAUGAGUGUCCUCCCCCAACCCACUGCCCAGCUCCUGAGAGCCCGAGGAAGGCCAGCGGGGAAAGGCUUGUGCCAGGCUGAGGAGUCGUGGAGUCCCGGCAGGGUCAGAGACCUCUUAGGAGUGUUGGCCCAGAGAAUCCAGGAGAGAUGAACACCUCCCCCAGGCCCAGAGGCUCUGAAAAAUGGACUCCAGAAUUGAGACAGCCCCCCAAAGGGGGUCCGAGACAACCCCAAGGAGGGAGGAACCCGAGAGGGACCCCCCCAGACCAAGAGGGGGCCUGAUUACUAAGGGAUCCUGAAGAGGGAACCCCGAGGCUGAGGUACCCCACGGAGCAGCUAUGAGGCUCAGAGAGCCUCUGAAGUUGACUGGCCUCCCCAAGGCCAAGCAACUCUACAGAGAGAUUUGCACACCAGGAGACCCUCGUAAGCAGACCUGAACCAGAGAAAACUUCCCAUUCCUCAAGUGGAGUCUGGGGCCAAACUGCCUGAUUUUGAAUCCGGACGCCACCACUUCACUAGCUGUGUGACCUUGGGCAAGAUACCUAACCCCUCUGUGUCUCCUUUUCCUCAUCUUUGAAAUAGGUAUAACGGUACCUACCACAUAAAGUAGUUUUUGAGGAUUAGCUAAUCCACAUAAAACGUUAAGAACCAUUGCUGGCAUAUGGCUAAGCAUUACCAUCAUCAUCGUCAUCAUCAUCCGCAUUCCAAUUUCAGCACUUUUGCUCCUGAGGAAGUUUCUGAUGGACUAACCCUUCCUACAGAUAGUGGCAUUUGUCUGAUGAUUAUUACUGCUACUAUUAUCAUUUAUUCCCUAGCCCAGGGCAUGCACCGUGUCUGCAGGGAGGGCAUGAGCAUGGUAGGUGGUGGAGCAGCCUCCCAGACUGCAUCUCACUGAGCUCGGCUCUUGGCAGUCCACAGGGUCGCAGGUGGCCCCAGGCAGACAUUCUGUGACUUACCUCUGGAAAUAUCCCUGUCCCUGGAGUCACCUGGCAAAGAGGGUCAGGCUCUGGGAUCCUCGGGGGGAGGGGGAGUAGGGACCUGGCCCCAGGCUCGUGUGAGCUCCAUUCCGGCUCCCCAGCCAGAACUACCCUGGCGGGUGGAAACAGCUUUUACCGCGUGUGUCUUUCGCCUGUGGUUUUGGAAUUUUCCAACGCCCCCUGCGAUUGGCUGCCCCGCCCCUCACACUCUGCCCCAGGCCCAGAUUGGCCACAUGGGGCGCCUGUCAUCCUACCCACUACACCCCAGAGGGGUGGGGGGGUGGAGCUGGGGGGGGUUGUCACUCGGCCACCUGUGGGGUGCAGAUCUUAAACCCCCUGCCCAGCAGCAUUGGGGGAGAGCUAGGUGCAGAGCCACGGCCCGCAGCCCCACUGCCAUCUGCGCCCCAUCCCUGGAACACCCCUGCUGAGAAGGACAGGGAGCCCAGGCGGCAAAGCCCACGACUCAGUCAUGAGAACACAAAUUGAAGUGAUCCCUUGCAAAAUCUGUGGGGACAAAUCAUCUGGGAUCCAUUACGGGGUUAUCACCUGUGAGGGGUGCAAGGGUUUCUUCCGCCGGAGCCAGCAGUGUAACGUGGCUUACUCCUGCACCCGUCAGCAGAACUGCCCCAUUGACCGCACUAGCCGAAACCGAUGCCAGCACUGCCGCCUGCAGAAAUGCCUGGCCCUGGGCAUGUCCCGAGACGCUGUCAAGUUUGGCCGCAUGUCCAAGAAGCAAAGGGACAGCCUGCAUGCUGAGGUGCAGAAACAACUGCAACAGCGGCAACAGCAGCAAAGGGAACAAGCGGCCAAGACCCCUCCUGCAGGAGCCCAAGGAGCAGACCCCCUCGCCUGCACCUUGGGCCUCCCAGAUGGGCAGCUGCCCCUGGGCUCCUCGCCUGACCUGCCGGAGGCCUCAGCCUGUCCCCCCAGUCUCCUGAGAGCCCCAGGCUGCGGGCCCUCCUACUCCAACAGCUUGGCCAAGGCCGGGCUCAACGGGGCCUCGUACCACCUGGAAUACAGCCCUGAGCGGGGCAAGACCGAGGGCAGAGAGAACUGCUACGGCACAGGCAGCCAGCUGACCCUUGACAGGUGUGGACUCCACUUCGAAGACCCCAGGCACCCUGGGCUUGGGGAACCAGGACGGGGCCCGGACAGCUACUUCAGCCCCAGUUUCCGCAGCACCCCAGAGGCGCCUUAUGCCUCCCUGACAGAGAUUGAGCAUCUGGUGCAGAACGUUUGUAAGUCCUACCGAGAGACGUGUCAGCUGCGGCUGGAGGACCUGCUCGGACAGCGCUCCACCGUCUUCUCCCGAGAGGAGGUGGCCGGCUACCAGAGGAAGUCAAUGUGGGAGAUGUGGGAACGCUGUGCCCACCGCCUCACCGAGGCCAUUCAGUACGUGGUGGAGUUCGCUAAGAGGCUCUCGGGCUUUAUGGAGCUCUGCCAGAAUGACCAGAUCGUGCUACUCAAAGCAGGAGCCAUGGAAGUAGUGCUGGUCAGGAUGUGCCGGGCCUACAAUGCUGACAACCAUACAGUCUUUUUUGAAGGCAAAUACGGUGGCAUGGAGCUCUUCCGAGCCUUGGGCUGCAGCGAGCUCAUCAGCUCCAUCUUUGACUUCUCCCACUCCCUGAGUGCCUUGCAUUUUUCCGAGGACGAGAUUGCCCUCUACACGGCCCUCGUCCUCAUCAACGCCAACCGGCCAGGGCUCCAAGAGAAAAGGAAAGUAGAACAGCUGCAGUACAGUCUGGAGCUGGCCUUUCAUCAUCAUCUCUGCAAGACUCAUCGCCACGGCAUCCUGGCAAAGCUGCCACCCAAGGGGAAGCUUCGGAGCCUGUGUAGCCAGCAUGUGGAAAAGCUGCAAACCUUCCAGCAUCUCCACCCCAUCGUGGUCCAAGCUGCUUUCCCUCCACUCUACAAGGAACUCUUCAGCACUGAAAUCGAGUCACCUGAGGGGUUGUCCAAGUGACCUGGAGGAGGGACUCCGUUCCCUUCCCUAGAGCCUCGUGGCUCACCUUCCUCUUGGCCUUUUCCUUUCUUGUGCGCCCUGGAGGGUGGUCUCUGCCUGUUUUCGGGGGGGGGUGAGCAAAUGCGGAGACUGGCUUUCUGCCCACCAGCCUGCCUGGCGGCAGGCCAAGAGCUGAGGCGGGGGGGAUGGAGGAACACCAUCUCCAGCCUCAGCUUUGUCCUGGCUUCUCUCAGCUUCUGCGAGACCUGGGGUGGGAUACAAGGACCUCUAGGAGGACCUAGGUGUCCUCAGGACAACAGGGGGAUCCAGGACACCCUGGACAAACAGAACUCAACUCUGGGCUCAGAAGCUAAGAAUAGGCCUUUGAAAUACCUCAUUGCAUUUCCCUGGGGGCUUUGGCUGGGGAGACGCAUCAAGCUCAGAGACUGGCAUCUGGAGCCCAGGAGGACCUGUACAUAACAUGAACCUGGAUCGUUAGAUUGUCUGCCUUCCCCCUUCCUCCCAGCUCAGCAAGGAAGCCGUUGGGCACCCUGGGGUCUAAAAGAGACUAGAUAUGUGGAGGGUAAGGAUGGGAUGGUGAUAAGGGAGGGGCUGGGGAUAAUAUUUUUAUGGGAUUUGGGUAUAAGGAUAGGGUAUGAUGAAGGCCAAGAGCGUCACAGAUGGACAGACAGACAGAGUUAGAACUCAAACUUCUUAUGUGCACUUUAAAAAUAGACUUCAGUGGUUACACAAAUGUGAUCAGAGACACAUGUCCACAUACAUGUGAAACACAUAGUCACACACUUAACCUGUAGUCAUGCAGCUCUAUAGAUGCAUUUGAUCUGACACAAUCUCUGUCUUCCUUGAGGUCACAGAUCAGAGGAACUUCGUGGCCUCAGGGAAGAUCCCAAUCCUGAGGGACCCCAGAACAUUUUCACCUGGUGCCCCAGUUCACCAAUCUUAGACGUGGGGUGGCCCAAACUCUAUCCCAGCCCCAGCUGUCUUCUGUCAAAGGAAACCCUAAAAGAAGAGAUGGCUGGACACAGUCAGAAGGCCAAGGACAGACCCUCGGAGGACUGUCUGGGCCCCAUCCUCCAGCCCUGCUCUCGUUAUGGCGAAACGCAGCAGAUGCGAUUCCACCACUCUGUGCCUGGGUACAACCAAGUCUGGCAGGGUGAAGGAGACCUGUUUCUCCAGCCGUGAUCUUGCCCGAGAACUUCUCUUGCCUUUAUAAAUAGCUGUGAGCCCUCCUCUGAGAGAUAAACAGCAGGUGGUCAGGAGGGUUUUUUUUUUUUUUCCUCUCAGGGGAGGGUGAACAUAAACCCUAACCUGUGCUAUUCUUUAUAAAACGACUUCAAAGGCAAGA